AUGACGACCGUAUGGCUGGACUGCCAAACACCAGGCGACGCACACGAGAAACCAGCGUCCUCGCCGCCAGGACAAGCUGCACCCCCUCCCGGGCAAAUCCCAGGCAAUGCUCCAGCCGACAACGCCGGGCAGCUUCAAGACCCUCAUGGCCUGCCCAACCCAGCCCCGGUUGCCGAACUGCCUGCCAAUGCCAUUGUCUAUGUAGGAUUUCAAUUCUUCAAGGCAGAUCCUCUACCGGGACAAAAGCCAACAUGGACUCGGGUCGAGCGCACGCAAAUGCAUCUCUCGCAAAGCGAGUUCUACAAAAUGGUGCAGAAACGGGCCGAUAAGGUCUCGGCGGCCCAGCAAUAUCAAAACUUGUCAGAUACUCGCCGCGCGCAUGUCACUCGGUUAAUUCAUGAGCAAAAGAAGAUUGAUCCGCAGGUCGAGUGGAGCUGUGUCUAUGCGAAGGAGCGCGACCGGCCGUCCAAGGCCCGCAACGCCCACCGCUCAGAUUAUGAGACCGUCUCUAUGAAUAUUAUUCUCAUGAAGAGACCGAUGAAUACGCGGCCCUACCCCCGAACCCCCAUGGGGGAUUUGGUGGACCUCGCUCAGCGCCAAACGGACGCAGCGCAACACUUCCACGCGCAUGAUGCGAUGCCUCCACCUAGAUACCCGACGGCGCCAACGGCAACGGGCCAGAAAGAUGCGGCUUUGGGCUCAGAUCCUACUAGUGCACCACUCAGUAGCGUGGUGCAAGGUCCUCAGCCUCGCCCAGUCUCAGUGACCAGCCCUUUCACCCGGCUCGAAUUGGGUCAAUCCACCCCGGCCCCCAGUGAGCAGUAUGGAACCCUCCGUGGACAGACAGCGACUGAGAAGGACCAGCCCAACGUUGACCACGAUGAGGCAGGCUAUUUAUCCGAGACGAGCGAGGCCGAGGAUGGUGAGUCCAUGAUUUUUGAUGAAUCCCAGUCGGAUGACAGCUCGUCCACGGAAGAUGCAGACCACAUGGACUGUGAAUGUCAAGAGCCACGAAGUCUCCCAACACCUCCCCGGAACCGAUCUUGCAGCCCCAACAAGCAUGAAACGGUCAGCCAUGGGGCUCAAUACCGACAGAAAUCGCGAGGCAGACAUUUUGGCCGAAAGGACAAGCUCCGAUAUCAUUAUCUGGAUAUCCUGGCGUCCAAAAAUGGCCUGGGCAACGUCAUGCCUGGCAGACGGGUGCGAGGCCCGGGGGUUACCGCGACUGCAGCCACUUCGGAUGUCAAGCUGUGGGAAAAGAGGUACCGUAUACAGCGCAUAGAUGAUGAGGAGCUACGCAGUCGGCUACUGGAUUGUGAGGCUCGGAUUGAACAAUGGGAACGGGCCUUUGAAUGCCAAAGCAGACUGUUCCAACAGACUAUUGAAGAAUCCCGCCAGCAUCAGCUGGAGAGGCGUCGGCCGUUUUGGGACCUGCCUGCGAUCCAUCAUUGUGGCUGCGAUUGCCCUAAGAACAGUAAUAUGGAGAAUUCGGACUAA